UGCUCGACAACGUCAUCUUCCCGGGUCACGUCUGUCUGUCACUAUAAAGCGACUCUAUGAGGAUAGAGCAACGAAUUUUGACCCCGAGUGUAAAACAACUCCCAGUGGAAACAUGUCUGUGACUUUAUCGCGCUGUCUCUGCAGGGUUUUAUCCCGACACACCGCUCCGUCAAGCUUCCUGUUGGGAGAACAUCACCAUGCUGUACAGAGUCCUUGGUUUGCACCAGUGAUGACACUGAAGACAUCUGCUCCACUGAGAGCGGAGCCGAAAAAGAAGAAGAAGGUGGACCCACGAAGGGAGCAGAUGUUGAGAGAGAGGAUGAGAAAAAAGCUGAAGAAGCUGGAGAAGGUUCCACCAGAGCUUAUCCCCAUAGAGGACCUCAUCACUCCAGCCAAAUGCUUGGAUGAAACAAGGGAACGCUCUGCGCCAAGGCUGUCAUUUGAAGAAAGUGAGGGUCGAGCCCUGCUACUGAAGGAGUGGUGUCGAUACAAACAGGAGCAGCACAUUGCUGAAGUGGAGGCUGUUGAACUCGCUCUAGAGGCACAGAGGGAGGCGCUGGCGGAGCUGAAGUUAGAGUCUGAGGAGCUGUACCAGGCAGCUCUGAAGCCAGACCCCCUUCUGUUUCCCUUCACUCAUGAAGGUCCUGCCUACACACCGCCAAAGACCAAGUAUGAAGCUCCUGAUGGGAAAUACAACAACAUCACUAAAGUCUACACACAGUGAUCGACUGUGGGGGCAGCCUGUGUUUGUCAUGAUCCAAUAAGGCAACAUACAGCCUUUUAAAAGCCUGCAUGUGUAGGUGUGAAGGACACUUUGCUGCAAAUGUUAAUGUUUCUUGAAUUGUAUAGUCCCCUCAGUUGUUUCUCUGUAUCAAAUGCAAAAACAUUCAUGGAAAUUAUGAAUUGAUUUUUUUUUUCUCCAACAUUAACAUCUCUGUAUAAAACGGAAGAAAGCUGAAAAUAAAAAGGUACUUUUUUUAAAUUGAUCCAAUUUGUUCAGAAUAAGUUAAACCUUUUUGUGUUAAGGUUAAGCCAUAAUCAAUUACAUAAAGCAGGGAACUGCUAAUGCACAACUCUGUAUGGGCUGAAACUAUAAAGCCAAUAUUUGUCCUUAUUGCAUCAAUAAUACAUUGAAUAUAUUCAUCACAGAGAAGUAUCCACAGAACAGGUUAAAGAGAAUAAGGUUUUUACGGUCCUGGGUCAAACACUCCUGUUUGAUGUCGUCGAAGGUGUGAGCACAUUCUUGUGCAGUAGCAAUUCUUUAAUUUUAACCUUAUCAAAACAAUGCAUGACUGGUCAUUCAUUACUAAGAUGUAAUACAUUAAAUGUUUCCAUUGCAUAUUUUAACCCAAUAUUCCUUU